UAGAAAACAGCGUGGCAUGUCGAGAAAACAUGGUUGCUAAAAAUAGCACAAAGCAUAAAACAGAGUGCAACGCGCGGAUUAUUAUGCGAGGCGCGACGUGUUCUCGAAAUAAACGUUUAUUAUGUUUUCUUUUUUUUUUUUUUUGUUGUACACACACACGCGCAAGAGAUUUGAUCUCAAAAUUUUCUCCGCGAGGAGGAUUCGCGCGCGCGGAAAAUUCGAAGAAUUUGGAUUUUUUCGGGAAAAAAAUGUCAAAUUUGCGCAACGCGACGUAAAACUUGUAAAUCGCGUUUUGCGCAACAAAACUACUCGCGGGAUAAAACGAGAGAGACCGUUCGCUGAUAAAAAAGAAAAAAAAAAGAAAAACAUCGAGUAAACAAACCGCGUUUGACGGCUUUGCAAUUCUUGCGAUUGUCUUAUCUCACGAUGAGAGAUACGUUGCAACCGCGUUUGUCGAUUGCGCUGCUCUGUACGACGGUCUCGUCUUUUGAGUAAGAUAAGUCAACUUUAAUUUAAAUGAUCAAAAAUUACUUUUGCGCGGCAAACACGAGAUCUCUCACAAGUGGAAAACAUCAAUCGAACGGGAGCGACCGAGACAGUUUUUGGGGACGUAAUUUAAUUUAUUGGGUUUUACUUUUUUUUUAGCGCAUGGUCCGUUUGACGCAACAUGUAACCUUGUCGUUCGAAAGUAUUUCGUCGGCGACGAAUACGUGAACGAGAACACGUGCACAUCGCUCCGAUAAUGGGCUACGAAGGAGAACAAGUUUGUUACGACGGAGCCGAGUCUCUUGCGCCGUAUGUACGUUUUAUCGGCGCCAAUCGGGAUCGCUGAUUCGUACCACACCUCCCGCUCGGUCUCCGCACCCAUUGGCCGAUCUUUCUCCUCGGUUGACCCGGUUUUGAGAAAUUCGGGUAAACAAGAUCUCUCGACGAGAUCUCUCGCGACAGCCGCUCCGAGAAAACCGCUCGGCGCACGUGGGCGAACGAAAAACCCAUGAAUUAUCGCGCGCGCGCGCGCGCGCAGAUAAAAAGUUUAUUUUGCAAAAAUUGCGUCGCGCUUAUCGGAUGACACAUCUCGUAUCUCGCGAGAAAACUGAAACAUCUACGAGAUUACAAAAAAAAAUUAGAAUAAUCGAUACAUAUGUAAUUUUUAUGUUUUUGAAUGAAAACAAAUAAAAGUUUUGUAGGUUGCGCACUCGGCCAGUUGAUUUUGCGACACAUUUAAAGUAAAAAAAUGUAUAACAGACUUUAUUAGUUUCAGAGAUUCCAAGUUUCAUCUCUCUCGUUUGAAACUUGAGUGAAAGUCGUGCGACGGAUAAGAGACGACGCGACUCUUGCGUCGUCAAAAAUAAAAAAUAAAAAAAAAAAAAGAAAUUGAACGAGCAUCGGAGUUCAUGACGUUGUCGUAACGAAAUUACAAACGUGUACAAGCUCGCAUGACGAGGACACUUCGGGGCGGCGAGGACGAGGGAGGGGAGGAAAGAAUUUGAGCGACACGAUUGUAAGAGUGAAGUUUGACUGGCGUUGAAAUGAAAACGCGGUUGCGAGCAAGGCAAUGUGGAACGGCAGAGCAAAAGGGGGAACCCGGCGAACACGUUUUCGUCGACGAAUACAAUGGCGUAUUCGAAGGGGCGAGGGAGAGAGUGAGAGAGAGAGACAGAAAAGACGCAUGCGCGUUCCGCUUGGUGACGCUUCCCGGCGGCGCGCUUGGCGCAGCCAUGCUUUCGUGAUUUUCGCACGUCGGGCGCGCGUCAAAACGUUUGGGCUCCACCGAGUGCGCAUCUGAUAAAGUGUAAACAAGCGUCAUCGGUCACGUUUCGCUUGGAAAGAGAUCGAGUCGAGAUUGAGUCUCGAGGUUGACUUUGUCUCACAAAAAAAGUUUCAAUCAAACGUUUCGGGAAAGAAAACGAUACGAUAGUGGCUACACACAGAAGACAAAAUGUUUAGUUUUCACAAACCAAAGGUGUACCGAUCACCUACAGGGUGUUGCAUCUGCAAAGCUAAAUCCAGCAGUUCAAGAUUUACAGACAGUAAAAAGUAUGAGGAUGAUUUUAUGCCAUGUUUUUUACUCGAGGAAAGACGUAGUGGGGAGAUAUGCAAUGCAUGUGUGCUUCUAGUAAAAAGAUUUAAGAAACUUCCUGCAGGGAGCGAACGCAAUUGGAGUCAUGUUGUCGAUGCACGCGCCGGUCCUGGCAUUAAAUCGACAAAGUUUAAAGCAAAGAAUAAAAGAAGACUCAAAGAUAAACCGGAAAAACUGAUCAAAAAGAAGCAUAUCUAUGUGAAAUCGGAAGCAGAUCGAGAACAGAGUCCGGCGAUGAGUGACGAUUUAAAUGAUGAUUACAGAUUAACAGACAGCAAAGCUUCAAGCAGAUCGGAAAGCGCUUCGGACGACGACGACAUUGGCAUUAAUGAAAAACAAAUGGAUAUUACUCCUGACGUUCAAGAUAUACAAGACGAUGGCUUCCUCAAUCUAUCCUACUACAAAAGGGAAGUGACUUGUUGCGGUAACAUCUUCCGAGGUCCGAAUGGCGAAGUUAUGCUAUAUCUUCCUUCCCUGAAACCUUGCAUGAGCUGCCUCGCCAGGCGGCAGCUCGUCACCUCUUUACCGUCCACCAGUCCUAUUCACAGUUCCGCAUCUGUCAGUCCUGCUUAUAGCGUCGAGUCUACGUCAUCGAGCUCCGAAACAACUUCCAAACAGAGCGCCAAAUCAUUCAGCGACGCGUCGUCUGACUCCGGUUACGACGAGUCCUCGAAUCAAGAUGAGAAUAAGAUCGCGAAGAGUAUCCUCGUCAAGGAGGACGUGGAGAUGAUGGAAAAUGCGCCGAGGCCCAUCGAGCUCGAUCAGCUGUCGAGCUAUGAAUCACUGCAAGUCGUUAACAUCGCUAAUCAUUCGCUUCACUCCAAUUAAUGUCGGCCCCUUGUAGGGUUAAUUUAUUCUUUGUCUCACAUAAAACAUAGAAUUAUAUAUAUCUAUAUAUAUAUAUAUAUUAUAUCAUAUACACAUAUACAGGGUGUACAUAAGAUCGCGUUUGUUCAUCAAAACUCGCUUCAAAAAAUUUUCUUUGAACAAUUUUCGCGUUGAGCGCGCGAUAUUUAGUUUGUUUAAUAUUUGUAUUCUUCCUCAGAGCGUCUUCUUGUGAUGACUUUCAAAUUGGAGACAAUUUUCCUUAGUGGAAAAUGUUCGAUUUUUUUAAAUAUUUUAUGUGAUGAACACAUACAAUUUUUUCAGACUCGUUUUCUCUUUCUGUGUGUGAUUUCUACAUCGUUUGUUGUAUUUAUUAGGCUUUGUGCAAAUAUCAGUUUUGAACGAAUAAUUAGUAAUUACAAAGGGAAAAGUUACUUUUCCUUAUUUUAUUUAAAAUAUUAAAUUUAACUAAAAAAAAACGAAUUUAAAAUAAAAAAGGAGUCGUAAUCCUUUUUAAUACAAUCAAAGUUUAAAUUUUAAGGGAGUGUUUCGAAAAAAUUCGAUAUUUCAAGAUUAAAAAAUAAUAACGAUAUAAAAAUCGUUACUUUAUAUAAUCAGCACGUUUUUAUGAAAAAAAAAAUAUAUAUAUAUAUAUAUAAUUAGAGCCAAUGUUUUAUGUCCCUUGAAAUUUUACAACUCUUUUGCUAUCAAUGUCAAAUGAAACACCCUGUAUAUGCAGAUGUGUUAAUCUUAGAUUGUAGAUAAGUGCAACAUCCCCGGGCAGCAAAAUGGCAUCGAAACGGUCGAGACCUUCGCUCUCGGUAGGUUUAAAAUGCCAUUUGGACGCAAUUUAUCGUGUUAAGGUUACUUCGUAAUUUCUUAGCAAUGGACUGACGUAAACCGCCAUUUCUCGGAACACGUAAUCUUUAAGUCUUAAGGUUUAGCAAUAUAAAUACACACAUCAAAGUACUGUGAUGAUAUUGUAAAAGUAAGGGACGCUUGAGCAUCUCUUACACCGAGCAAGUGACCGAGAGAUCUUGGCGGUUUACCCUCUAUCGCAUUUCUAACGUAAUCAAGUGCCACUGCUUAAGGGGAGCGAUGUACGCAAGGUGCGCUGGGAUAAUCGAGAGAAAGCUGCCGAAUGAAUUGACCAAAAAGAGCUUUUUUUCUUUAAAAAAACAAAAAAAACAAAAAAAACUUGAUGGUUGUUGCGGUUACACUCUGUACAAAACUCCAAGCUGCCAAUCGAUUUUUCGUCCGGGGUCCAAAGAUUAAAGAUGAGACAGGAACGGGCAGAUUGUUUUUGUUGCAUUUACUUCCGGGUCACGGCGCUCCAUGACGUGAAUCAAUUUAUAAUAGCGGUUAAACGGUGUGAUCCAAGGUCGAUAGCAAUAAAACAAAGUCAAAUCACUUACGUAGCGAUUGAGCAAUUGAUAAAAAGUCUGUUUUUUAGUCUGUAUUUAGACAGUAUUAGUGAAAAAAAAAAAAUAAUAAUGGGAGCGGGAGGAUCUAGAUAGAAAAAAACUUGAAAGUGGCAAUCAGAUUGAUUUGGCAAACUGGACCAGCGAAUCUUUUAAUAUAUACAUAUAUAAUUUUAGAGAAUACGAUACUUAGAGAUAUUUCUAUAGAUAGAUUAUAAAGGAGAGUGCAGAGAGGCAGGAAUAACAUAAGUAAAAACUGUUAGUUCCUAGUUAACAAAGAAGAGAUGGGCAUACUCCGAUUGUGUGUUUAGCGCGAAACAGUUUGUUCAAUUCUCGCGAGCGUCUCAAGUUUAAUCUCGUCACUUACGAAUUUUCUUUGAUUGGAUUUUUUGUUCUCCAAGAACAAAAGUUCCUUUCAUGUUACGUGAAUAUUUUAAAUAUUUAUUACAGGUGAUGGACGAAAAGCUUCGUCAGAAGUUUUUUUUAUAUAAUUUCAAACCGAGCACUACGCGAGCUCUUAUUGGACAAACGAAGGGAGAUAGUCGGAAAUUUGUCAUUUAGAUUAAAAACAAAAAGUACAAAAACAGUUCUGCAAUCGAGUUGUUCUUGUUUUAAACACUGAAGGACUCGAACUUUUUUUUUAUUGGUUACUUUUGAGAAAGAAAACAAUUGAUAUACUUAAUAACUGCUUUGCAGAACUGUUUUUUUUUUUAUUUUGCAACUAGAACUCUUCGAUUAUGAGCGGGUGCUGUAAUAUAAACACCGAAGAAAAGUUUAUAGUUAUUCAUGGUGGAAGAGUUUUAUUUUUUUGAUAAAGAUUUUGCAGCAGACACAUUUCUGACUAUUUUCUCCCCGGCAUUUAGCGCUAAACGCGGGAAAGAAAGACGGGCUAAAAAAAAAAUAAAAAAAUAAAAAAAAGAUGUACAAGCCAAGUACCUGCUGAAAACAAGCCGCAACUGUGAUCACGGGGUUGUUUUCAGGCUUCUCUUUCCGCUUUAAUUCCACGCACAAUACGAAAUUAAAACAUGGCGAAAUUUAAAUACGAAUCAUCAUAUGCGAUAAUAUGUCUGUUGCGAAAUGAGUCGAAAUUGUCGGAGAAUCUGUUUGACAUAUCGUGAUCUCGUUGAUCGAAAUGUUUGUCCGCGCACAGUUUUCUCUGUUUCGUUAGUUUGUAAAAAAAGGUGUGAAAAAAAGUGAAAAACACCGAUCAGUGCGUCCGAUAGUUGAACAGAUUCUUCGAGAUUGGGAUUUGCAAAUCCGUGAAAGUUCGUGUUCUUUGCGUUUAUAAGUACAAACCGAGGUUGAUUUUCGAUCGAUCGUCAAGCACACAGUACCGUAAGCAGAAUCGAUUGAUUCAACUAGUUUAAGUUUUAAGAUUUUUAUCUUGUUUUUGAACAAUUUACGAAGCAAUAUUUAUUAAAAAAAAAAAAAGUACAAUAUGUCUUCGGUAUCUUGGACACGAGCUGAAUCACACGGAUCUGCAAAUCGUGUUGUGAGAAAAAUUGAAAAACAAAACGUGAUUCUCAGCGUAGGAAAUUGGAUCUGAUGCAAAAACACAAAGAGUAAGAGGUGUGCAAUAGACAUUAUUAAUCCCGUCCAAGUGCUAAGCCAAACCCGAGUCAUUAAUUUUUUAUCUUAUUCGACAAGAAUCGAAAUCGAAGUGUUUUUCGAUACAAAUUCUAUAAAAAAAAAAAAAAAAGUACAAUUACGACGUUUUGAACUUUUGACGGCGCUUCGCUACAACGGUGCAUUCGACAAGAAAAAAAAAUUGACAAAUGUAAAUUUGUUUUGAAGUUACAAUAAUUGUUGGACUGCGUUAUAUGUUCACAAAAAGUAAUUUGGUAUAAUUGAAAUUGUAUAAUUUAAAUUUAAUUAAAGUUAAUAUUAACUUAUUUAAUGAAGUUAAAUUAAUGUAUUUAAUAAAGCUAAAUUAACGUAUUUAAUAUAUAAAGAGAAGUGAAAAAUUAAUAGAAAAUAUUUGCUUGCUCGAAGCGCGUUUGCUCUAUAAAUUCUUUAACGUUUAUUGCCAACGACGACGGUAUUUAUAGCUGAUAUUUAUGUUUGUCAGAAAAAAAUUUAUAUAAUAUAUUGUUUGUAUUUAUAUUAUCGCCGGCGUUAUAUUAUACGUAGUUUAUACGUUGUAGUUUUCUGAGGUGUAUAAUAAGGGUUAGAAAAAUAGGAGAUAUUUGGAUUUUCGUGAAAAUUUGGACUAACCGUUGAGUCGCGAAUCGUCGUCAGAACAAUCGGAAGAAUGCUUGUUUGAAAAUUGCCCAUCGGAACUUGCGAAAGCUCACUGACAAUCGUAUAAAUUAAAAAUAACCAGGAAGCGAUAACAGUUUUUUCACAAUCAAACAUCGAAAACAAUGUCCGAUUUACCAAAGGAGAACGCCAAUAUGAUAUACUGGAUCGCGCCUUCUCCUUGCGGUAAAUCAUAUUUGUACAUUUCUUGUAUGAUCUCUAUGAUUUCUUUAUACUGUGAGAUAUAAUAUACUACUAAUUAUAUUAUUAUCAUCUCCUUAUUAUAAUUUAUCGUAGUCAAUAAUGAGCGACGAUAAAGGCUGAAUCAUAUAUAAGCGCAACAUUAAAUUUAAAUUGAAUCUAGCUUUUUUGAUGGUUCUUUUUCUUCUUAAUCUACAAAAGAAGUACGAAAUAUGUAUGAUUCUGUCUGUACUACACACACACACACAAAGUUUUUUUUUUUAUUUAUUACAUAAGUCGACUUUAUUCUCGCAGCUAAGUCUUCUAUUCCUAUUUUUAUUGCGUUCUAUUCCUUUUUCUACGUUUAUUUAUGCGCAUAUUUGUAUACACAUAUAUUUUUGUACGGAUUAGUAAUCUUAAUCUACGUUGUUUCUUUGAUCACACGUGAUUAACACUGCCAAAAAAAAACGAAACGAGGAAAAGAGUCUCGCAAUCACCAGCGAGAGACGAGAGAGAGUGAGAGAGAGAGAGAGAGAGAGAGAGA